GUCGAGCACCGCUACCGUCCACAGCAUCGUCGAGGAGCCGCGCGUCGAGCACCGCUACCGUCCACCGCAUCGUCGAGGAGCUCGCGAUGGCCAAGGGCAAGAAGCGCGCCGCCCCGGCCAAGGAGCUCGCGAUGGCCAAGGGCAAGAAGCGCGCCGCCCCGGCCCCGGAGGUCUCCGUGGAGGUGCUCCUCGCGCAGAUCCCCCGCGCGCAGCUGGAAGAGCUGGCGCUCCAUCUCUACAACGGCAACGCGGCCAGCCGCGACGACCUGGUCGCGUACGCGAAGCGCGGGCGGCCGGCGCCGGUCGUGGCGGUCGUCGACGGCGAGGACCGGCGCGGCACGGGGCGCUUCGACGCCGUCGACGGCGAGUCGCUCUCGCGCGUCAUGGCGUACCUGCGGCUCGCGGACCGGCUCCAGGCCGUGGUCUGCGUCUGCAAGCCGUGGCGGCGCCUGCGGUCCGCGCGGGGCCUCUGGGGCCGGAUCUUCUGCAACAACGUCGGGCUCCUGUCCGGGGGCCUCGACGCGGCCGAGGCGGUGCCGCUCUGGGACUCGAUGUCGCUCGUCGGGCCCGGACUCGCGAAGCUCGUCGCCUGGCUCGAGCACAAGGACGCCGUCGACGCCCUCGGCGUGCGGACGGGCGCCUACGGCUCUACCUAUCUUUCGUCGGCGGCCGUCGUCGGCGCGCUCCGCGAUUUGCCGGGGCUCCGGCACGUCUUCCUCGACGGCAAGCAGAUCAACGCGGAGAUCAUGAAGCAGCGGCCGCCGUGCCUCCCGCGGCUCCGGACGCUCGCCGUCGGCACGGACGUCAACGGCAGCGCGCCGCACUUCGGCAAGUGGAUCGCCGCGGCGCCCUGCCUCGAGGCCCUCGAGGCGCCGGACAAGCUCGCGACCUACGCGUCGCUCUCGGCCGCGCGGCACGCGUGGCGCGACGCGCGCGGCGGCGGCGACCCCGUGCUCGCGCACCUGAAGAUCACGGGCAUGGAGCGCCAGGACUACCGCGCCGUCUCCGUCGCCGGGUCCUGGUUCCCGAACCUUGAGACGCUCGAGUUCAACGCGAACUCCUACUCGGAGGCCGGCUGGGACGGCGUGCCACCGCUCCACCCGUUCCCGCGCCUCCGCGCGCUCAAAGUCCAGAGGCUCGCGACGUAUCGCAACCACUUCAGCACCGCGAUGCUGACGGAGCUCGUCGGCAAGCUCCUCGCGGCGACGCCGAACCUGCGCGCGUUCCAAGUCCGCCACGGGAUCUGCUACUCGAAGCCGCCGCUGCCCGCGCCCGCGGUCGGCCGCGCCUUCGCGACGCUCCCCGCGUCGCUCCGCGAGCUCGCGCUGAGCGACCUCCGGAUCGACCCCGGCGACCUCGACGAGGCCAACGAGCUCGAGGUCCUCCGCGUCAACGCGUGCUUCUCCACGGGCAAGAAAGGCCCCGAGCCGUUCCGCGCGGCCUGGCCCGACCUCGAGAUCGUCGUGGACUACGAGGACGAGGACGCCGCCACGUAAGCGUGUUACCCCCGGGG